AUAUUGAAACAGUUCACACACAUACCCUGGUUCUAUCAUUUUUGGACAGUCCCCAAGAAUAACAUUUAGACGUACGCAGCAAAUGAUAAUGACGAAGCAGAAAAAUAAUGGCCGGCGGCGAUCUAUAGGUCAGAUGUUGCCCAAAGGCGCACAUAAUUAAUUUAGAUGUGUUCUAGAAUAUCUACAAUAUUAUGAUCUGCAUGGUGUAGCAAAUACAAAGGAAAACAGAACAAUGGUUGCAGACGACCACAAUGCAAAUAUUCGCCAUGAUCAUAAUCACGUGUUACGACACAAAUAUUGCGUCACAUUGAAAGGGAGAGCAACAGCAGGUCGCUUCCAGACCUGAGGUCAUUUCUUCUUCCCCAGAUUGCGCGGUAUAACGUAAGAUAUCUCAUGGCGUUUCUGUCUCACAUGUUGUCACUGCUUGUGGCGAACACCAGCGCUCCUGUAGUGUUCGGAUUGAUAUGCGUGACGGUAACAUCCGUGGCUGCUCUUAUCGUGAAGUGGCACCGAUCGCCGGCAAACCCGUUCUCGGCAGACCGGGCGAGGUCGCCCGAGCCUUUGGUGACGGACCACGCGAAGAGAGACAAGGUCCUGAAACAGCGCUUAACGACAAAGAAAGUUCCGGCUGACUUGGACGCUAUCGUGGUGGGCAGCGGGAUUGGAGGGCUGUGUACCGCCGCGCUCCUGGCCAAGACGGGAAAGAAAGUCCUUGUUCUUGAACAGCACGAUCAGGCCGGGGGCUGCUGUCAUACUUAUGUGGACAAGGGCUUUGAGUUCGACGUUGGUAUCCACUACACGGGGAAGCAGAACAGUGUUCGGACAUGGCCGCAGGUCCUGCAGGGCGGGACGGUGAACCAGGCACUGAUACAGCAGAUCACCGAGGGUCAGCUGCAGUGGGCCGAGCUGGACAAGAGCUUCGACAUCAUCACCAUCCAACAUGACCAGGACAAGAGAAUAGAGGUGCCAAUCAAGUCCAGCAGGUCAGAGCAUCACAAAACCCUGCUGGAACACUUCCCUACAGAAGGAAAGGCUAUCGAUGAGUUCUUCAGACUAUGUGACGUUUACACAGGAACCCUGAGUGGCUUCAUCCUGAUGAAGACCCUUCCACUGUGGCUCGUUAAGCUGUUCAUCAGGACAGGGCUCGUCAGCAGACUAACGAGUUUCUUCCACUACAUGUCGCGGAGCACCAGGGAAGUCAUGGACAGUUUCACCGACAACCAAGACCUGAAGGCAGUCUUGUCUUACAACUAUGGAGACUUCGGCUCCCCGCCGAAGGUGUCAGGUUUCCUGAUGCAGGGCAUGACGGCGCAGCACUUCCACGAGGGCGCGUUCUACCCGCGGGGCGGGGCCAGCGAGAUCGCCUUCCACAUCAUACCUGUCAUCGAGAGGGCGGGGGGAGCCGUGCUUGUGGCAGCACCUGUCAAUCAAAUCCUGAUUGACAGCGAUGGGAAGGCAUUCGGUGUUCGGGUGCACAAAAGCAGCGGAGAUGUCGACAUUCACGCGCCGGUCGUCGUGUCAGCAGCGGGAGUCUGUAACACGUACCAGAAGCUGGUCCCACAACCAGUGGUCAGAAAACAUGGACUAGAUGAGAUGUUCCAGCAGGUGAGACCAGGACUGGGCGCGCUCAGUGUGUUUGUGGGACUGACUGGAACCUCACAGGAGCUGGGCCUCAAGGCUCACAAUGCCUGGAUGUUCCCAGGUAAUGACCAUGACCAGUUGAUUGAGGACUACUCCAGACUGACUCUGCAGGAGGCUUGUGAGGAGGAAACCAAGACUCCGGUUCUGUUUGUCUCCUUCCCUUCUGCCAAGGACCCCACCUGGAACACACGCUACCCUGGAAAGUCCACCUGUAUCAUUAUCUCCUUCACUCCUUACGAGUGGUUUGCGGAGUGGCAGGAAGGAAGAGUGAAGCACAGGGGUGAGGAAUACGAGAGCCUGAAGACUAGACUGGCCCAGAAGAUGUGGAGACAGGUCUGUCAACAGUACCCUCAGCUGCAGGGCAAGGAUGAGUACAUGGAUGUCGGCACGCCUCUGUCCAACAACUACUACCUGGGCUCCACACGUGGGGAGAUUUACGGACUCGAUCACAACCGGGAGCGCUUCUCCCAGGACCUGCUGGUGAACCUCCGACCUGAUACUGCCAUACCCGGGCUAUACCUGACAGGACAGGACAUAGUGACGGCUGGGUUCGCAGGUGCACUGGUGUCGGGCCUGCUGACGGCAGGUGCUGUGCUGAACAGGCAGCUGAUACUGGACCUCAUCAUUCUGGAGGCUAAAGCCAUGUUCAACAUGAGGAACAAGAAGCUGUAGUACCACAUCUCCAUGAUAGGUGGCGUUACGGUGGAAACUGCAAUGCAACACAAUGCAUACACAAGUGUCUGAUAGUUGUAAUAGUAGUACAUUGUAAAUGUGUGCAGUAGGAAUAUAAAGGGAGGUGAGUUUGCAACUGAAGCACAUUGUACACAUAUUUGUGCAAUUUUUAUUCAGUUUGAUACAUAUUUGUGCAAUUUUUAUUCAGUUUGAUGUGCAAUUUUUUUUUUUUCAUUUGUUGUGCCAAAUUAUGUAGUUGAUGUAGCUUGCAAUUACUGAAGCCAUGUUCAACAUGGGCAACAAGUAGUAACACAUCUCCAUGACAGGUGGCGUUAGGGUGGAAACAGCAAUGCAACACAAUGCAUACAGAAGUGUCUAGUAAUAAUUGUGUGUAAUAGUAAAUGUGUGAAGUAGGAAUAUAAAGGGAGGUGAGUUUUCAACUGAAUCAAUACUAACUAGCACAUUGUACACAUAUUUGUGCAAUUGUC